AUCACUCGCGUCCACCUUGAGCUUGACUUGACUACACCUGGCUAUCAUCGCACUUGACUUCAUCACCAGCUUACACCUACCGCUGCUCUACACUCAACUACCAACAUGUUCGGCUAUAACCCCUAUCAAUCUUACCUCUCCCCCUACUCCGACCCUUUCUCUUCCUACUCAUCCUACCCUUCCUCGGGCUACUCCCAACGCACUCGUCGCUCUCCCUCCUCCUCCGCCUAUGAUCAACGCGAAGCCUACCUCCGCGCUCUCGCAGAACAAGAGCAGCAACAACGCGAGCGUGAACGCCAGCGCGCGUAUUCCCACCCUACGCGUGCAGCUCCGAUGCCCUACUUCGCGCAGUAUGAUCCGGAGGAGGACGAGGAUAUCUAUGGGUACGGACCUGGAUCUCGGUUUGGGGGUCGUGGUGGAUACGGCUUUGGCCGUGAUGCGCGCCAGGAGGCGUUAUUGAGGGAGAGAGAACGAGAGUUGGCGUUGGAGAGGGAGAGAGAGUUGGAACUGGAGAGGCGGAGGAGGGCUGCGGCUCAAGCAGUCCUCAGAGAGGAAGAGGAGAAGAGAGCGAGGUUGGCGGCGAUGAGGCAGGCGGAGGAGGAGGAGAGGAGAGCGAGGAUAUUGCAGAGACAGAGGGAGGAGGAGGAUGAGAGGAUAAGGAUGCUGGAGCAGAUGGGAAUCCUGCCGGGCAGGGGAAGGAGGACGGAACCGGCUUGGAAUAACCCCAACCGUACCAGCUCCCGCUCCAUCCCUCGCACUCAAACCCAGAGUAAUGCUCGCAAUCCAUCAACUUCUCGUCCUCGUGGCCCACCAUCCCCCAGUCCACUUCGUCCUUCCCAAUCCACCACGAUACCAACUUCUCCCCAACCUCCGUCACCAAAGUCCUCCACCACUCCCGCCACACCCCCGCCUCAAUCCCGCCCCGCCCCCACCGAAGAAGAACACCACGCCGCCACGAAAAUUCAAGCCUUGUACCGCCGUCACCGCGCCCUUCGAACCGUCCGCUCCAUCCAAUCUUCUUUCGAGACUUCUAAAGCUGCCUUUGUCAGGCCUGCGAUGCUUGAUUUCGUGCAGCCCUCGGCAUCCGGCUCCGGACUGGCGGUUGCGGCAGAUGCGCCUGUCGUCUCCGUACCCGCGUCCAUUUCGACCGAUCAACCCAGAGCGCUGUCCGAGGAAGAAGAAGAGUCCAAACGCGUUACUGACGCCAAAUUAGCCUACACCCACACCAACGCCCCCCUUCACGCAUACACCGAAUCUCUCGUUCAGCUUCUCAAUAAGUUGGACGCCGUGGAGAGCGGAGGGGAUAGGAAGGUGAGAGAGAGUAGGAGGGAGGUUGUUAGGAUGAUUGAGGGGGAGGCGGAGGAGGUGGAGGGGUGGUGGAGAGGAGUUUGGAGGAGUUAUAUUGAGGCGAAGGAGGAUGUGGAGGUGAAGGAGGGCGAGGAGGUGGAGGCGGAGGAGAAGACAGAGGGUGAGGAGGUGAAUGAUGUAGACGAGGGGCAACAGGACGAGGAAAAAGAAGUGGAGAUGAGCGUGGAGUGGAAGAGGGAUGAGAUGGCGAAGAACGAGCGGGAGAUCCAGGAGCAGUCGGAGGUUGCAGGAGAAAGAUUCGUGGACGGAAAAUGCACAGAGGAGAUGGACGUGGAUGUUGGUGACGCCCAGGGAUCAUCUACACCAGCCAACGUCGAGGCCGCUUCGACUCUCGAAGCGAAUGAGCCCAUGCCUGUCGAUCCUCCAACCACGACUGAUACUCCUUCUAACACCCUCACUACCAACGACACCCCCGCAACCCCUAUCCCUGUUGAUGACGACACUACAUCCACACCCGCUACGCCCAUAGAAGUUGACACUACACUUACACCCACAGCCCUCGCCGAUGGUGACGUUGACGUCGACAUCGAGCAUGCACCCGCCACGCCCGACCUCUCUCGCGCCGCCACCAUCGACUCUGCAUCCACGCUCGACCCAGACGACCUCGACCUCGAUGACGGGUCUACUACUCCCAACGAGGAGUACGCCACCCCUUCCGCCGACAUCGACGACGAAUACGAAUGGGUCGACGAUAUCACUCCUCCCGCGAAUCCUGAGCAUGCGGGUGCGGACCAUGACCCCCUCGCCACUUCGCACCCGCCACAUUCACCUUCGCAAUCGCUCUCGAGAACUAGGAAGGCACAUCCAGCUGAACGGAAUGGUGUGGCAGUGAAGAAAGAGAAAGUUUAUGGGCAUGGACAUGUUCAUGGACUUGGUCUCGGUCUCGGACAUAGGACGUUGAGGGCGGAGGUGAGAGGGAGGGAGUUGAUGAAUCUGAAGGCUCCGAGGCUGGGAGCUAGUUCUAGCAGUAGAUCGAGGUCGGCGGGGAGGGUUGGGAGAGGGAGAAGGAGUCGGAGUGCGAGAAAGGUGAGACGGGCGAGUGAGGGUGGGGAGAUGAACAAGGGGGCGAAUAGUCAUGUGGAAACGGAGGGGGUGGAGGUAGAGGGUGGCGAAAGAGACGUGGAGAAGAACGGGGAAGGUCUUGACGUAUAGUCGCUGAUUGCUGCAUCUGAGAAAGGGUCUGUUUAUGUUCUCUCGAUCUGUGGGCUCUGGGUUUUUCUGUAUUCUCAAUGGGUUGUUGGCCUUUCUUAGUCUUACAAUGUAGUAUUAUUCGAUUCAUUUCAGCUCUUCUGCUCAUUCAAAUGAAA